GAGGCAAAAUGCCAUAGAAACCCUAUAAGAUUAUCCUAAACAUUUUUUAUAACAAAAUUUAUUAAAGCUGUACUAUCAUUUAAAUAAAUUUUAGCAAACUGCCAAAUAACAAUAACAAGUUAAAUAAAAAAGUAAUCUAAGUAAAGUUUUUUGUUGGUUUAUAUUUUUGGUGUAAAACUUAUUUCAUGGCAAAGGAUCUAGUUAUAAAUAAAUGUGCUAAGAGAAUCCCAGCUGUCUGUUUCGUAAUUAAAUUGAAGAAAGAGUCUACUGCAUUUUAAUGCCUCUUAAUGACAAGUUGCAAUGGCAAUGGCCCUUAGAUUCAGCAGACAAAAUUUACACACUCUUUAUUCUAGAAGGAAGGUACAUGUCAGAAUGUGUAAAAAUGCACCCAAAGUUCCAUUUGCAAUUAAAAAACUCGAUUCUGGAUGCAAACUUACAUUUAUUUGAAUUGCCAUCCAAUAAAUAUGUUUGCACAAUCAAGGAUUACAAUCUGCUUCAGAGCAGUGAGAUUGUAGAACUGUUGAAACCACUUCUAACUAAGAGUAAAGAUGUCAUAACAAUACAGACAAAACCACUGUUAGAGUAUCAAACUGCAAGUCAACUGUAUUCACCCUUGGUUAUCAGAGAGGUGACUACUUCUACAAAAACACAGAAACUGUGCGAAUUUAAAUUUGAAAAACUAGAACAGCCCAAUAUUGUAUCAGGGGUUGCUGCAGGAGUAACUUGUCUAAGAGAACAUUUGGAGUUACCAGCUACUACACUUGUAUAUUAUAUUGAACACACUGAAGAGUAUCAAACAGAUGAAAUACAGCAAAUAUUGGAGAAACUAAAAAUUAUUGACAGCAUUUGUAAAACAAAAGUCAAUGGAUUGCUUAAUUCUAACUUGUACAUUUGAUAAAUAAAACAUUUUGUUAUGUAUUAA